AUGGUGCAACUAUUGCACACAAACGGGCAGUUAACUGGUCUAUCUCAUGAGGAAGCACGAGUGCAUAUCCAAAAUUUCCUCGAGAUCAGUGACACAUACACUCCAAUGGGAGUGAACUCUGAUUAUGUGAGGCUCACAUUAUUCCCUUUUUCUCUGCUGAGGGAAGCAAAAAGAUGGCUGAACUCUGAGCCCGCAAAUUUCAUAACAACUUGGGAUAAUCUUGCCCGAAAGUUUUUGAUAAGGUUUUUUCCAUUCGGUAAAACAGCCAAGCUGAGAAGCGAUAUAUUAAGCUUCCGACAGAAAGGAGGGGAAAACUUGUACCAAGCUUGGGACAGGUUUAAGUCCCUGUUGCAAAGUUGCCCACAUCAUCAUCAAGCUAACGAAGUGUUGGUCCACACCUUCAUUGAAGGGUUGGAACCAAACACAAAAAUUUUACUUGAUUCUGCUGCAGGUGGACAAACUUUGGAGAAGAUAUAUGUUGAGCUGUUUACAUUACUUAAUAGAAUUUCAGAGGGUAACCCCGAGUGGAAUGGUGGAGGAGCUAAACAGAUCGUACAGAAGACUGCUGGAGUGUUGGAAAUGGAUGCAGUGACAACUUUGUUAGCACAGAUCGCAACAAUGCUGAAUAUGAUGACUACUUGUUUCAGCAACAUGUCACUAGGACAACAACAAGCCCAAGUUAAUGUGGUACAUCAACCACAAACUUGGUGUGAAGUAUGUGGAGGUGGAGAUCACAAAGCCGAGGUAUGUGGAGCAAACCCAGACUCUGUUCAUUUUGUAGGUAAUGCUCAACGGGGAGGAAAUCACCAGAGCUAUGGAAAUACCUACAACCUAAGCUGGUGGAACCACCCAAACUUUUCAUGGGGUGGCAAUCACAACCAACAUCAAGGACAGAACCAAUACAGACCACAGAGUAGUGGACAAAAGUACCAUCAGCAAAAUCAUGGUAAUCAACAGGCUGCCAAGCAAAGUGAUAUGAGUGUGGAAGACAUGCUAAAACAAAUCAUGGCGGAUCAAGCUAAAUUGGCAGCAGAUGUUCGAAACAAUCAAUUGGCGACUCAGAACUUGGAGAAGCAGUUUGGGCAGUUUGCUAGUGCUCAAAAUUCCUGA